GCUCGGAAGUGAGAUCUAGACAUGUACCUCCAUCACGAACUCCAGAAAGAAGUUCGGUAGUGAGAUCUAGACCUCUAUCACAAACAGAAAGAAGUUCAACACCUUCAUCAAGUGAUGCGUCUUUACCAGCAUCACUUUCAGAAAUGUCAAACUUACUCGAUAUCUGCAAUUGGCUAGUCAAGCGACCACAAAUUUUAGAACUCGCCAACCAAAUGGUAGCAGCUAAUAAUACAUCAUCAAGUGCUAAUACAAUUGCAAAUUACGUUCCUGGAAUCAGUAAUAAUUCGCCUGUACUCACAGAAACAGGAGAGAAUAAAUCACGUUUAUGGGAUGAAGAAAGCAAAUGCUUAUUUUUGCGGAUUCGUAAUCCUUCAUCUUCUGUCUUAGAUAGCUUCAUAUUAGCUGUAUUUGGAUAUCAGCCUUGUAGUGAAAAGGCAAAGGCAGUUUUUCAAGAAACGCGUAAAAGAUUAGGGGAUUUUAGAAAUAAAUUUAAUGCUACAUUACGUGGACUUGCCAGUGAGUUAAAGGAAUCAAGACGCAUAGAAAACAUUAAUACUAUUACAAUGCCUUCACAAAAUAUCAUUGAGGAAUUUAUUAGUGAAGAAGUCGUGAUUCGAAAGGUAUUAGCAAGAUAUUUUGUAACUACAAAUGAAACUGAGCUUAGACGUAAUGGAUCAUUAGAUAGAUUAGUAAGAUUUGUUCGGGAAGCAUUUAAAAUUCAUUAUAAAGAUAGCAACAAGGAAAAAAUUAAAGACCUUGAUGUAAUGACUAAGGAUUUGGUUAUUCCAUCACGAAGUGGAUAUAAUUUGGCGAGUUCUUUAACGAUACUUUAAACCUCCUAUAUAUUGAUGAUAAAGCUUUAAUGCGAAUAUUUUUAUGAAAAUUUAUUUUAUAUAUUUAAUUAUUAAUUUCAAAAAAGUACAUAUUUG